AUGGCGCCUCCUUACCUAUUCCCAGUUAGCAGCGUGGGCCUAAUGCAAAUCUCCGCCAUCAUCGGCUUCACUCUCUCCACCUUCGGCGGCGGGUACGUCUGCGACUUAAUUACGGCCCGGAUGACCAAGCGAAACCGCGGUGUAUUUGUACCAGAGCUACGGCUAGUAUCCAUGGGGCCGAUUCAUUCAUUGGGCCUAUUGGCUGCAUUGUCGUGGCACUCACCAGUGACAGGAAACCCUACUGGGCAUUCAUCGCAGUCGGAUUCGGCAUGGGUCAGUUCUUCCACUUCUUUACACCUCUUCUCUCUUUGCCUUACUCCUGUCGACCCUGGCUUUGACGAUGAAUGGGCGGACACCGCCUGGCGUUCUGUGGCAUUUGGCGCCGUAUACGCGCCAAAUGUGGCAGUGACCUACCUUGUCGACUGUUAUCCCGCCUUUGCAUCCGAAGUUCUUGUCAUUGUCAACGUGGCGAAGAAUGCCAUUGGCCUUGUCUUCCUCUACGUUGCGGUAGAUUGGGUCCAGUCGAAGGGCUGGAUCCAGGUGUAUAUGAUAAUAUUUAUGGUGGUCAGCCUACCCAUUGUUUUGACAAUUCCAUCGUACUUCUGGGGUGAUAGAGCACGCAGCUGUUUAUAA